GUAAUACAGCGUCUCUAGUAUGAGACAAAAGUAGUCCUCGUCUGACACGCUGCGACAUUCAUUCACAUUGUAGCGGCACUGAUGUCGAUCGCUUGGUUCGUGAACCUUCACGAAGACUCGUUGGUCACAUGUUUACGCAACAGGUUUACGGGGAACCAUAUUGACCGAGGCGAAGUUGAGGUAUACCCCAUAAGAGUACGUGAAAGAAAUCGAUAUGGAUUCGCAGCAAACCGCGAACAGCGUGGCCGAAUCUGCUUCGAGCCACGGAGAAACUAUGGUGAAGCCAAACGCUCCUUUACCACAGCAAGGAUUUCAGGCGCGACCGCAAGGUCCCCCUCCGUCUCCCAGAAAUUCGAUAAAUAAUGGUCCUAUAGGCGUACCUCGACCUGGACCACCAUUACGACGAUUGGAUAGUCGUUCCUCUCUAGGUCCACCACCAGCCUCGGGUCAAUUCGUGCAGCUUAGGCCUUACGGUCCGCCAAGACCACCGGGGGGUUCUUUUCCUCCAAGGUCACCGCAGCCCGGUCAGCUGCCUCAGCAGAAUCCGCUACUACCUCCGAAUCAACGUUUCGUGUAUUCCCCGGGGAUCCGAGGUCCCCCGCCACAAGGAGCAGGAGGUCAAAGGCCACCCUUCGUCAUUAACCAACAGGCGUAUCAAGCGCAGCAACAGCAGCAGCAGCGAGGUGGUAACGAUCCACGAUUUCAACGACCGGACGUCGCACCUUCACAAAACGAACCGCGACGACCUAGCCAAGAAUCCAUUUUUCCACGACAGUUAUUGAGAAAUGACUCGUUGAUAAGUCUACAGCGACAGCACCUUUUAUCAAACGAGGAAAUCAAGCAACCGACACGACCACGUAUUGUUAUCGAAAAGAUGGCAGACAUCAAUGAGACAGGCGAUGAUAAACCGGAAGGCUUGCAGGGAAAGAAGUCCGAUGUUCGUGAGAACGGCGAGAACGACGACGACGAUGACGUCGUGAUGGAUAAUAACAAGUCGCCGCGACACAAUGGCGAUGGUACUUCUGAGGAAUUGAUGAAUGGAUCCAAAUCGCCUUCAACCCCGAGAAAACUCGACGAUGCUAGUAGACCCGCGAGCCGUCCAGGGACGGCUACUAUGGAAAAUAAGGUAGAACAAAUGGAUGACAAGCAAGACAUACCCUCAAGACCAAUUUCUGCUAACGUUGAUAAUACGGCGACCCUUAUUUCUCAAAGCAGACCAUCUUCCGCAGUAAAUAAUGAUAAAGAAGAAAAAAAGGAGGAACAACUCGCUGAUAGAUCGCCGUCAAAAGAGGUUGACGCUGCAUCCGAAGAAAUAAAAAAGCCCAGCAGUCCGUAUAAUAACGACGCACAGAAUGUCGAACAGAGCCUGAAGACUCCUCCGAAAUCUUCGGACAAUUCACGAUCUGUCACUCCAUCUUAUUUGGACACUCCUCAGAACGCGGAACAGAACAGAAGUCCGGAUAAAUCGCGUUCCAGCACUCCAGCCCGACUAGAGCCGUCCGGAAACGCGGAACAGGAACCAAAGACUCCAGUCAAGACUCCGAAUAAGUCGCGUUCGAGCACUCCAUCCGAAAACGCGGAACUGGAAUCGAGAACACCGGAGUCAAAGACGCCAGAUAAAUCGCGUGCAAGUACCCCGGCUUCGCAGUUGGCGUCAUCUCCGAAUGCGGAGAGAGAGCCGGAAACCGCGGCGAGAACGCCAAACAAAUCACGUUCGAGCACACCUCAAACUGCAAUAGACUCAAGCAACAUCGAGGCAGACAAACCCUCCGAGAAUCCGCAUCGCGACAAAUCCGCCGAAGGCACUCUGCGGGUGAAAGAGUCCAGUAGACCAGCGUCAUCGUUGAGUUUGACGAGCGAGAAAGGCAGCAAAUCACCUAAAUCUUUGAGGUCACCCACACCAGGGAAUCGAGACAAACUAUCGGGGUCGGUUUCACCUGAAGAUAUAAAGGGCUACGAUAAUGGACAGCCGAGAACGCUGUCUUCCAGUCGUAGCCCUCGAUUACCGAAAUCACCUGUCAAUAGCGGGAAACAGACGGAGGACGAGAAAAAGAAAAUGUCCUUCGUCGAAGAUUCUGAUGAAAAAGCGAACAAAACGUCAACAGCGAUGUCAAAGCCCACCACUUUAACGGUUAAAACUCCAACAUCGGAGAAACCAGACGACGAGAAGGCGGAGAAGAAAGCUACGGAGAAAAAAGCGGUCCAAAAUGGUAGAGCGAGAGAAUCGGUUAGCGGGGCACAGAGUACGAAUGGAGAUGACAAAAGAUCGAACGCUGGAUCGCCUACGAAAUCCGCUAAAUCAUUACCGAAAACUCCUGACACACCUACGUCGAUCGCUCAAGAUAAAAAAAAGAUGCCGAUGAAUAAAGUUCAAGUUGGUGCUGCGCCCUCCCCGAACCUGAAGACUGUACGAUCGAAAAUCGGUUCUCUAGACAACGCGAGUUACAAACCGGGAGGUGGUAAAGUGAAAAUUGAGAACAGGAAGCUCGACUUCAGCAAAGCGCAACCGAAGAUCGCCGCGAAGAACGAGAAGUAUGCACCCAGUGGAGGCGACAAAAAGAUCUCUCAAGUGAAACUUCAAUGGAAUGCCAAGUCCAAAGUGGGCUCCUUGGAGAACGCAACUUACAAACCGGGAGGUGGUGACAAGAAAAUCGAAACGGUAAAACUCGACUUCAAGGACAAAGCAAAACCAAAAGUCGGAUCCAAAGACAACGCAAAGCAUAUUCCUGGUGGCGGCACCGUCAAGUCCACAACUUCGCCAAAGACACCGCAGGAAACGAAGAAUGACAUCCCAUCGCAAAAAAUAGAUAUCAAGGCUGAAAGCAAGAUCGGUUCGCUAGACAAUGUGAAGCACAAGCCGGGUGGUGGCGACAAAAAAAUUUUCAACGACAGAGAUUAUCUUCGGCAGACGAGUUCCAACGUUGAGAGUUUGAAUGGCAGCGGGUCUCAGAGCCCCGUGCCCUCCGGCGCGAUCACCGGCAAGAACGGCCUGCCAGCCUCGGACGAGAACCUGAACCAGGAAUGCUAGGUCACGAAAAGUCGGCCGAUAGACCCGCUUUAAUUAUAUCAUUUGCAUGUGAUUAAUCACGUUUAUCCAUCUACCCCCUUUGGAGGACGAACGAGCACUUUCCUUGCGCGAUCGAGAUAAACACUGAGAUGUACGGUGCACGGAAGUCCUCGAAAAAAAGGAGCACCGCGAUCGAUAUCUCGUCUACGCAAGCGACAAAAUUUGCGCGACGGACGAAUUAAAUUAACGAGCGAGGCAAUUGUCGCGUUGAUUUGUUAUCGAAUACAACGCGAGGUUUCCGGAUACUUUCAUUUCGCGUUCACAGCGGUUUUAGUUAUUUUUAAAGAGAGAUAAAGCGAAUACGUCAUUGUGCGUUGCGUGAAAACACCCUUUAUCCAAAUAUUUACGUAAGUGCACAAAAAAAUCAUAAGGCAAUCAUAUAAAAGAACAAAAGAACUGAGGAAAAGUAUUUCACUUUGUUGUAAUAUAUAAACGAAGAACAGAUUUGAGGAACAAUUUCUAUGUGCAUGAGGGCUCUUUGUCUUUUUAAGCGAUAGCUUUUUUUAUCAAGGAUUCCUGUAACGGUACGUCUUUGCGAUUUUCUAUUAUAAAUCAUUAUGUCGACGCAUUAAUUCUCAUGCACUCUCGCUACGUGAAUAUUAAUAUUUGCGAACUUUUUCGAUUUUUGAUACGCAUUUAUGCCAUAAUCAACAUAUAUCACGAAUUGCAAUUUAGUUAUCUCAUAUACGAAUUUAAUAUGUUUUUCAAUGCAUCAUAAUAGGGCAUUAUAUGCAUCAUAAUCCUUUAAGAAGUUAACAAUGUGCAUGAAGAUGACAAAGCUAUCGACAAAGAAUAGGGCAAAUGUAAUUAUAAAUGUCUUCAGAAUUAAAUGUUCUCAAAUUUUAUUUUGCAGACGACAAGAACGUGUAAUAUUUUUUAAAUUUAAUUUAUAAUAUUGCCAAUCGUAUUCAAUUUCGCGAGUGUAAAAUUGGGAAUUCUAUCCUUAUUACUUAAUUUAUCACUAGUGUCAUAUUCGCUUUCGUAUCUGUAGAAGAUUCCAAUGAAAGUACAAAAAUCACACGCACCCGUCGUUGUAAUGUGCGCAGGAAGAACCAUCGCGUCCUCUUAGGGGGAAUAGACGUUAGACAAACGCGCGUACAUUAAUUUCCGCAUGAGGAAGUCUUAACAGCCGACGAUCCCUCGAUAUCGUAUGUACGUUGCAUUUCACCGGAAUUACGGGGUACAUACGUCAUCCCGAAUUAAAUCGCGAACGACGAUGUGUAGUUACCGUUCACGUGAGCAAUCUUUGACACGUGGUGGAUCUAACGAUUUCUGAGGAGACGGAAGACUAUAGCAUUCUUGAUCGACAUGUAUAUGAAUCGAAAGGGAGCCACAAGCGUUGCGUCGGCUUUCAGUUCACCAUGGAUAACUUAGCUUUUUGCGCCAUAAGUAUGUACGCGCCACGACAUAAGUAUGUAUUGCAGCCACGACUACGAUACAAAAAAAUCGCGUUGUGAUAUCUCAUUGAGUGCGUUCUGUUUCACGCAUAAUGCGUAUAAUAUAUCCUUGUUGUUCACCGAAUAUUAAAGAAGGAUAAAAUGACUCCAAAUUCUUUGGAGUGGAAUCUUACUCUAUAAAGAGUGAAAAUUGAGUCACUUUUGAUAAAAACUCUUGAUAAAGAGUGACUCAAUUUUCGAUCUUUGAGAAUGAUUUCACUCCUCAGAAUGAGAUUCACUCUAAGAGUUUUAGAGAGAAUAUAUCAUGCGUGAAAAGGAACGCUUUGUCAGAGCUUUAUGCGCAGAGUUAUCCAAGAUAUGCUCGGUGCAACGAGGUCGCCAGGGAGGAGAAGAAAGUGCCAGAAGAGCCGUGUAACACGCAGGUGAAUCGCGACGUUCGCGUGAGACACCCGUUAGAUACAUUUGGAUUGAUUAGAGAGGUUGCGCUUAGACGACAGGACAUACGAGAUAUUCGUGUAAACCUUAUUGUAGAUACGUAAUCAACACAUUGCAUCCCACGAGUAUAUAUAAUAUAUAUAUAAAAUAUCGCUGGUGCGAAAAAAAAGAGCUAUCGGGAGAUGAUUAGUGAUGGUGAGUGUUUGCCAACGGAAAGGAGAGAUCGAUGAUGGAGAAUGCGUGCGGCCACGCCAAAAAUAAAAAUCUCUCACUUACGUCACUACACUACCUUAGGUACCUCGUGCAAUUUACACAUCGCUAAAAGGAGAGGAAAAAAAAGAAAAGGACAGGGGGAGAUAUGUAACACAUUAUUUACACACUGUAUUGCUUCCACAUGAAUUAUUAAGAGAUAAUUUGAUUCAAUUAAUGUGCUGCGAUACGGGGACAGAGAAUGAUAAUUAAUGUUUAGAUCUUCGUAAUUGUCAUAAGUUACCACUUCGUACGAACACAAUAGUGUAACCAACGCGUCCGCGCGUCUUGGAUUAGGAUCGCUCUGGAGAGACAUUAUAAUAAUAUUUUUGUUUUUAAAUUUAUUCCGUUCUUUGUCUCUCAACACCCGAACGCAUCCCCCCAAUCUUCUUGCUGA